AUGGAGGGGAGCUCUGUGUUCAAUGUGUCAGUGCUGCUGGGGAGAAGGGACCAGGUGAGAUCGGCCCCUUAUGGCAGCAUGUGCCCGCCACCUCAUAGAGACACUCAGGUCUGUGCCCCUUCCACCCCUCCUCCUCUCACCAUCCUCCCUGCAUUGCUCUCCUCUCACCCCCUUCGCGUGUACUCCUCCCUCCCUGUAUCCUCUCAUGCCACCAUGUGCUCCCCACUUGAUACAGACACCCAGCUCUGUGUCCCUUUACUCACAUCUCUUUCUCUCACCAUCUUUGAGACGUCUCAAAACCCAGCUCUGUGUCCCUUUACUCACAUCUCUUUCUCUCGAGAGUUCCUCUUGACCCCGCCCACCCUUGCUCCUCCCUCAAUCACUCUCUCUCCUCUCGACCUCCCUACAAAACUCGCGCUCUCACCCCCAGUCCAUCGCCCCCAACUCUCCUCUUUCGAACUAGCUUCCACAGCCUCUCCUCUUGACCCUUUCACUCACUCACUCUUUCACACACUCACGUUGCUCUCUCUUGCCCUCCAAACCCUCCUCUCUUCUUCCCUCCACACCUCACCCCCACCCCUCUCGUAG